AUGGCAGAGUGCUUGUUGUGGAUGGGGGUGGAAGCAAGCGGUGUGCAAUAUUGGGGGGGCAACCCUGUAGUUCAAGCUCAGAAUAAUGGAUGGGCAGGUAUAGUGGUGAAUGGCUGUAUAAGAGAUGUUGAUGAGAUUAAUGGUUGUGACAUUGGUGUGAGAGCUUUAGCGUCCCAUCCCAUGAAAGCCAAUAAGAAAGGGAUUGGAGAGAAACAGGUACCAAUUACCAUCGCUGGGACAAGGAUCUGCGAUGGGGAAUGGCUUUAUGCAGACACCGAUGGAAUUCUGAUUUCUCGUACCGAGUUAUCUGUAUAA